AUGACCAGCUGUUCGGAGCGAUUCGGGCCUGGGUCCGAGGGCCCGCGGUGUCGACCGGCUCUCCCGUGCGACUCGCACCCGUGCCCAAGGGCCCGCGGGGUCGACAAGCAGUCUUUGGAGACUCCGGGCCAGGUCCGAGGCCCCACGGGUUCAACUAGCUGUCCAGGCGACCAAGGCCCGGGUCCGAGGGCCCUCAAUGUCGACCUGCUGUCCAGGGUGCUCGGGCCGGGUCCGAGGGCCCGCAGGGUCGACAAGCCGUCCCGGGUGAAUCGGUCGACAGUCGUGGGCGACUCUGGGCCAGGUCCGAAGUCCAACGGGUUCCACCAGCUGUCCCGGGUGACCAAGGACUGGAUCCGACGGCCCUCGGUGUCCACCUGCUGUCUAGGGCACUCGGGCCCGGGUCCAAGGGCCCGCGGGAUCGGCCAGCUCUCUCGGGGUCGGGACCGAUUCCGGCGAUCGGGCCGGCCUGAGGCGCGGGUCGACAGCUGUCCUGGCGACGCGGCUGGCUCCGAGGCGGGGUCGACCGCUGUCCGGGUGACCCGCGCCCAUGCCCGAAGCCCCGCGGUGUCAACCAGAUGUCCCGGGCGACUUCGGCCAGGCUCCAAGUGCCUGCGGGCUCGACCCGCGGUCCCAGACUCCGGCUCGGCUCCGAUGCCUGCGGGGUCCCAGCUGUCCGGGCCCCCUGUGCUUGAGUCCGAGGGCCCGCGGUGUCGACCAGUUUUACCGGGCCAAUCGGGCCCGGGUUUGAGGGGCCGCGGUGUUGACAAGCGGUCCUGUGUGACUCCGGGCCGGGUCCGAGGGCCCAUGAGUUUCACCAGCCUCCCGGGUGACUCGGGCCCGGGUCCGAGGGCCCUCCGUGAUGACCAGCUGUUCGGAGCGAUUCGGGCCUGGGUCCGAGGGCCCGCGGUGUCGACCGGCUCUCCCGUGCGACUCGCACCCGUGCCCAAGGGCCCGCGGGGUCGACAAGCAGUCUUUGGAGACUCCGGGCCAGGGUCGACAGUCGUGGGCGACUCUGGGCCAGGUCCGAAGUCCAACGGGUUCCACCAGCUGUCCCGGGUGACCAAGGACUGGAUCCGACGGCCCUCGGUGUCCACCUGCUGUCUAGGGCACUCGGGCCCGGGUCCAAGGGCCCGCGGGAUCGGCCAGCUCUCUCGGGCGAAUCGUGCCCGGGUCCGCGUGCCAGCGGGGUUGACCAGAUUUCACGGGCGAUUCGGGCCCGGGCCUGAGGGCCUGCGGGGUCGACCAGCUGUCCUGGGCGACGCCGGCCUGGCUCCGAAGGCCCGCGGGGUCGACCCGCUGUCCCGGGUAACUCGGGCCCAGGAGCGAGGGCCCGCGGUGUUCUCCAUCCCUCCCGGGCGAAUGGCGCUCGUGUCUGUGACCCGCGCCCAUGCCCGAAGCCCCGCGGUGUCAACCAGAUGUCCCGGGCGACUUCGGCCAGGCUCCAAGUGCCUGCGGGCUCGACCCGCGGUCCCAGACUCCGGCUCGGCUCCGAUGCCUGCGGGGUCCCAGCUGUCCGGGCCCCCUGUGCUUGAGUCCGAGGGCCCGCGGUGUCGACCAGUUUUACCGGGCCAAUCGGGCCCGGGUUUGAGGGGCCGCGGUGUUGACAAGCGGUCCUGUGUGACUCCGGGCCGGGUCCGAGGGCCCAUGAGUUUCACCAGCCUCCCGGGUGACUCGGGCCCGGGUCCGAGGGCCCUCCGUGAUGACCAGCUGUUCGGAGCGAUUCGGGCCUGGGUCCGAGGGCCCGCGGUGUCGACCGGCUCUCCCGUGCGACUCGCACCCGUGCCCAAGGGCCCGCGGGGUCGACAAGCAGUCUUUGGAGACUCCGGGCCAGGUCCGAGGUCCGCGUGCCGGCGGGGUCAACCAGAUGACACGGGCGACUCGGGCCCGGACCUGAGAGCCUGCGGGGUCGACCAGCUGUCCCGGGCGAAUCGUGCCCGGGUCCGCGUGCCAGCGGGGUCGACCCGAUUAACGGGCGACUCGGGCCCAGGGUCGACAGUCGUGGGCGACUCUGGGCCAGGUCCGAAGUCCAACGGGUUCCACCAGCUGUCCCGGGUGACCAAGGACUGGAUCCGACGGCCCUCGGUGUCCACCUGCUGUCUAGGGCACUCGGGCCCGGGUCCAAGGGCCCGCGGGAUCGGCCAGCUCUCUCGGGCGAAUCGUGCCCGGGUCCGCGUGCCAGCGGGGUUGACCAGAUUUCACGGGCGAUUCGGGCCCGGGCCUGAGGGCCUGCGGGGUCGACCAGCUGUCCUGGGCGACGCCGGCCUGGCUCCGAAGGCCCGCGGGGUCGACCCGCUGUCCCGGGUAACUCGGGCCCAGGAGCGAGGGCCCGCGGUGUUCUCCAUCCCUCCCGGGCGAAUGGCGCUCGUGUCUGUGACCCGCGCCCAUGCCCGAAGCCCCGCGGUGUCAACCAGAUGUCCCGGGCGACUUCGGCCAGGCUCCAAGUGCCUGCGGGCUCGACCCGCGGUCCCAGACUCCGGCUCGGCUCCGAUGCCUGCGGGGUCCCAGCUGUCCGGGCCCCCUGUGCUUGAGUCCGAGGGCCCGCGGUGUCGACCAGUUUUACCGGGCCAAUCGGGCCCGGGUUUGAGGGGCCGCGGUGUUGACAAGCGGUCCUGUGUGACUCCGGGCCGGGUCCGAGGGCCCAUGAGUUUCACCAGCCUCCCGGGUGACUCGGGCCCGGGUCCGAGGGCCCUCCGUGAUGACCAGCUGUUCGGAGCGAUUCGGGCCUGGGUCCGAGGGCCCGCGGUGUCGACCGGCUCUCCCGUGCGACUCGCACCCGUGCCCAAGGGCCCGCGGGGUCGACAAGCAGUCUUUGGAGACUCCGGGCCAGGGUCGACAGUCGUGGGCGACUCUGGGCCAGGUCCGAAGUCCAACGGGUUCCACCAGCUGUCCCGGGUGACCAAGGACUGGAUCCGACGGCCCUCGGUGUCCACCUGCUGUCUAGGGCACUCGGGCCCGGGUCCAAGGGCCCGCGGGAUCGGCCAGCUCUCUCGGGCGAAUCGUGCCCGGGUCCGCGUGCCAGCGGGGUUGACCAGAUUUCACGGGCGAUUCGGGCCCGGGCCUGAGGGCCUGCGGGGUCGACCAGCUGUCCUGGGCGACGCCGGCCUGGCUCCGAAGGCCCGCGGGGUCGACCCGCUGUCCCGGGUAACUCGGGCCCAGGAGCGAGGGCCCGCGGUGUUCUCCAUCCCUCCCGGGCGAAUGGCGCUCGUGUCUGUGACCCGCGCCCAUGCCCGAAGCCCCGCGGUGUCAACCAGAUGUCCCGGGCGACUUCGGCCAGGCUCCAAGUGCCUGCGGGCUCGACCCGCGGUCCCAGACUCCGGCUCGGCUCCGAUGCCUGCGGGGUCCCAGCUGUCCGGGCCCCCUGUGCUUGAGUCCGAGGGCCCGCGGUGUCGACCAGUUUUACCGGGCCAAUCGGGCCCGGGUUUGAGGGGCCGCGGUGUUGACAAGCGGUCCUGUGUGACUCCGGGCCGGGUCCGAGGGCCCAUGAGUUUCACCAGCCUCCCGGGUGACUCGGGCCCGGGUCCGAGGGCCCUCCGUGAUGACCAGCUGUUCGGAGCGAUUCGGGCCUGGGUCCCAGGGCCCGCGGUGUCGACCGGCUCUCCCGUGCGACUCGCACCCGUGCCCAAGGCCCGCGGGUCGACAAGCAGUCUUGGGGACUCGGGCCAGGUCCGAGGCCCACGGGUUCACCGGCUGUCCCGGGUGGACCAAGGCCCGGGUCCGAGCCCUCGGUGUCACCCUGCUGUCCAGGGCCUCGGGCCGGGUCCGAGGGCCCGCAGGGUCGACAAGCCGUCCCGGGUGAAUCGUGCCCAGGUCCGCGUGCCGGCGGGGUCAACCAGAUGA